CAAUCUAGCAGUUGUGAAAAGAAGACAGCUACUGAAAGCAGUACAGCCUGCAAAGUUAGCCCUAAACAACCGUUGUUGAUAAAAAAAUUAAUCGCUCAAUGUUGUUACACGCUUUUUGGACUAUCUACCUGGAAAGCAUCACAUGGAAAACAAGGUGAUCGAUGUUAUAUCUUUCGUCAUAACAAAGACUUAAAUUAACGAAACAAUGGCGAAAAACAGUUUUCGCUCAGAACUGUUUCACAUAAUAUCCACCAUAUGCCUGGGAGCUACGCUGCCUGUCUCUGGAUUUAAAACUUCUUAUACCGGGGAACAUCCGUUUUAUGCCGCUGAAAAUAGCGCACUGAAGGAGUUUGCAUAUGCAACCAAAACUGUGCGAUCUCGCGUAAUCUGCGGACGGGAAUGCAGCAUGGAUGAACAUUGCAAGUCGUUCAACUUUAAUGACUGCAAUAAAAUCUGCGAGUUGAACCUCGCCACCAGACGAGAGCAUCCCGAAGACUUCAGUGCAACUCAAGGGAGUGUGUACUUUGAUGCAGAUGAGGACACACCUCUCUACUCACUGACCGAUAUCUCCAUGAAUCGCUACAGAAGUUGCAAGAUGCUUUUAGAUGCCGGUUAUAAUUCAAGCAGUAUCUACACAAUCUACCCAGAGGGAUUCGGUAAUGGCGGUCUUAGUGUCUACUGCGACAUGGAAACUGACGGCGGGGGAUGGAUCGUGUUUCAGAGGCGACAAGAUGGCAACGUGGACUUCUACCGUAACUGGGCCGAGUACCAGUCUGGCUUUGGUGAUUUGUCCGGUGAGUUCUGGUUGGGCAAUGACAACUUGGUGACUCUGACGUCUGAUGAUUCACGUGGAACAUGGGAGCUACGCGUUGAUUUACAGGACUGGGAGAACAACAUGGCAUGGGCAAAGUAUUCAGAUUUCCAAAUAUCCCCGGGUGAGUACAAUCUGAAUAUUGGCCAAUACGAUACCAGCAGCACUGCCGGUGACUCUCUUGCUCUUGGGUAUCACACAUAUUCCAGGUGGGAUCACAGAGGACGUCCCUUCUCAACAAAGGAUCGUGACAAUGAUCGUUCCAGUAAUAGUUGUGCAAAUCAUUACACAGGAGCCUGGUGGUUUAAUAGUUGUUGGUAUUCUCACUUGAAUGGUCGAUAUUUCCCAGAUGAGAAUGCAGGUAGUUACCAGGGUGUGCAAUGGGAAUCAUGGAAAUCAUCUUAUUCUCUGGAAACAUGUAGCAUGAAAAUGCGUGAAAUUUGACCAUAAGCGGUAUAUUGUAAAACAAUUAUGGAACAUUAUGGAAGCAGACAUAUGUCUGCAUGAACACAGUCUUAUUUUAAUGGAAGAUAUUACACAAAUACAGAAAGAAAUUACAUUACGGAAAGAAAUGAUUGAGACUCGUUUUAGAGACUCACUGGCAUGGAGAAGAAUAUUGCACAAGAAUCAUCAUCAGAUUAGAAACUGCGGUUAAGUGUUAUUCCUGUCGUAGAAAAACAUGGGUUAUUCUUUUUUAACUCUUUGCUUUAUUCUGAUCUUAUU